UUGAGCUCGAGGAUUUUGAUGUGGUUUUAUUGAAUUUUAACAAUUUACUUCAUUAUUCUUGGCAAAUAACUGAAUGGAAUUGUUUUUUCUAAUAGAAAUGUGUUCGUUUUAAUUUGAAAAGUUGUACUAAUUGUUGGACGUGACAAUAAAUUUUAGAUUAAUACGAUACAAAACAAAACCUCAAAAUGGAUGAAAGAAGUGUUGAAGAUACCCCGAUGUCUCAGAGGCUCACCAACGAUGACUUCAGGAAGCUCCUCAUGACGCCGAGGUCGACCCCCGCCGGGGGAGCACACCCGGCGGGGUCGGUGCGAGAAGCCAUGGCCAACGCUGGCUCUAUGCCACCACCUACAGAAAACAAAAGUGAAUUGAGAAGAAAAAAGAAAUCCUACUAUGCAGCUUUGAAAAAGCAGGAAGACAAUAAAUUGGCAGAGCUUGCAGAGAAAUACAGGGACAGAGCUCGGGAAAGAAGAGAUGGGGUCAAUGACAUCAACCCUAGUGAUCCUACAAGCACUGCGGGUAGUGCUUACAGAGCUGUAGCACCUGAUCUGAAGUCUGGGAUGGAUGCAAAGGAAAGGAGAAGACAAAUGAUUCAGGAAUCUAAAUACCUUGGUGGUGACAUGGAACAUACUCACUUGGUGAAAGGUCUGGACUAUGCUCUGUUACAAAAGGUACGCUCUGAAAUACAAACACGGGAACAAGAAGAGGAGGCGGAAAUGGAGCGACUAGUAGCAGCGCCCGUACCAGAACCCGUCAAAGAGAAAAAAGAAAUUCCAGUUGAAGAAGAGAUACAAUUUAAAACUCCUAUGGCCAAGAACAUUCACAAUUUAAUAAUGGAGCAGAAGAGCAAAAAAGUGACCCGCAACGAGCUUUUCGCUCACGGGCGCAUGGCGUACGUCGUCGAGUUAGACGAGGAGGGCACGAUAGACAGCGACAUCCCGACGACGCUCACCCGCAGCAAAGCGGACGUGCCCGAGCUAGACGAGCGCAGCUCCGCCAACAGCGCCAACGACGUCGUGCUUGAAAAGCUGGCGCAGAUAUUCUCCUAUCUGCGCCACGGACGCCAUCGCAAGCUCAAGAAGACUAAGGACAAGCCGACAGAGAAGGGUCGCAACGAAGACUCCAUCUAUGGCGACAUCGGCGAGUACGUGGCGGGCGAGCGCCGCGACCGCCGCGCCGACAGACCCGCUACCUACUUCGAUAAACCGCUCGAGACUGAUAAGGAGGAGGGUCCCGGAGUGUUACCGCGUCGUCAAGCGAGCGGCAACGUGGAGGAGCGAGACAAGAGAUCGGCGGCGCUGCUCAACCGGCUGGCGGCGGAGCCCGAGGGCUACGCCGAGUGCUACCCCGGCCUCCGCGAGAUGGACGACGCCAUCGACGACUCUGACGAUGAGGUGGACUACACCAAGAUGGACGCUGGCAAUAAGAAGGGACCUAUUGGUCGUUGGGACUUCGACACGGCGGAGGAGUACUCGGCGUACAUGAGCAGCAAGGAGGCUCUGCCGAAGGCCGCGUUCCAGUACGGCGUCAAGACGCAGGACGGCCGCCGCACGCGCAAGACCAAGGACAAGAGCGAGAAGGCCGAACUCGAUAGGGAGUGGCAGCAGAUACAAAACAUAAUACAGAAACGAAAAGCGCCGCAGUACACAGAAGACUCUGCGAGCUACAAGACUCCCAGAUACUAAAAGUUAACCUUAACAAUAAAAAUAUUUAUAUAGCGAAAAGUCAUACAAUGCGUCUUUGUCAUAAGUCGGUACUACAUAUAGGC